GCAGAGAAUGAGGAAACACCGUGAGCCUGAAAUGAAACAGAAAUCCAUCACCGGAGCUCACUGAGCAAGCAACUCUGACCGGGGAAGGAGCUGAGGGAGAGGGGAGAGAGGGAGAGAGAGAGAGACUGCUGGGUCAGGAUGGGUCCGCUCUUGGUUCUUGUGUUCCUGCACUCUCUGGCCGUGGGGUCAGAGCAGCAAGUGUCAACUGCGGACGGGCUACAGGAAUGUCGGAAGACCCAAAGCUUGACCGCCUUGGAAGUGCUGCCCGGGGGAGGCUGGGACAACCUGAGGAACUUGGACCGGGGCAGAGUGAUGAACACCAGCUACUCCCAGUGCAAGACCACCGAGGACGGAGUGUAUUUCCUCCCGGACCAGGUCUACGUGGUGCCCCUGAAGCGGACCAGCAUCGAGACGGUAUCGGAGUUGAUCGAGAACUGGCGCAACUACAAAAGCUCCACCAGCGCCUCGGUCAACGCUGAGAUCUCCUACCUGUCCUUCCUGAACGGCAAGUUCUCCACGAGCAGCCAGAGGGUCAAAACUCACCAGGUGCGAGACAGCAGCAUGACCACCAGAAUCCAGGUGAGGAACCUCAUGUAUCAGAUCAAAACCUAUCCCAAUUUCCAACUGGACCAGGGCUUUAAGGAUCAACUGAUUCAGAUAGGCAACUACCUGGAGAACAACCAGACAAGAGCUGCCUCCUACUACGCCCAGAUGCUUAUCCUUAACUACGGCACCCACGUGUUGACUGGUGUCCAUGCUGGUGCCAGUCUGGUGCAGGAGGACCAGGUGAGAUCGAGCUUUGUGUCCGACAGCUGGAGUCGGAAGUCCACCAUCACCACCUCCGCUGGUGCCACCUUCUUCCAUGUUGUAAAUGUUGGCAUUGGCGGCCAACUUGAAACCGCGGAUGAGUUCACCAGGCAGUAUUUGGGGAACAGAUCCCACUCCAUGAUCGAGAGCAAUGGUGGGAUCCCCUUUUAUCCAGGGAUGACCCUGCAGAAGUGGCAGCAGGCGAUCACCAACCAACUGGUGGCCAUUGACAGGUCAGGACAACCGUUGAAUUUCUUUGUUAACCCACAGACUGUCCCAGAGCUCCCGGAACCUACAGUCAGGAAAGUGGCUCAGGCUAUAAACAGAGCCAUUUCCCUCUACUACACUGUCAACGAACAUCCUGGCUGUUUGGACCUCCACUCCCCCAACUUCAAUUUUAGGGCUAAUGUUGAUGAUGGGUCUUGCAUGGAUAUGGGCACCAAUUUCACCUUUGGGGGCAUCUACCAGGAAUGCAUCAGGCUUUCAGGUGCAGAUGCCAAGCCCUUGUGCGAUGCUCUGGAGCAGAAGAACCCAAUAACAGGGUCAUUUAGCUGUCCCUCUGAAUACACAGCUAUUGAGCUGCACACAGCGGUAGAAGAGGAAGCCUAUAGUCAGUAUGAGUGUCAGCGCCAAUGCCAUUCAUGUUGGGCUUUCUUUAGCUGCUGUGAGGAUGUGUGUGGAGAUACUUACUACAUACGCCAAGCCCAGUUUAAGGCUUACUGGUGUGCAGCCAUGGGCUCAGUGACCCAGUCCUCAGGCUACCUCUUUGGUGGCCUCUACAGUACAGAUGCUGGGAACCCACUGACCCAGACCCGCUCGUGCCCUCCAUCCUUCUACCCAUUGAACCUUUUCCAAGACCUGAAAGUCUGUGUGAGCAAUGACUACGAGAUGGCGUUCCGUUACUCUGUGACCUUUGGUGGCUUCUUCAGCUGCGAUGUUGGCAACCCCCUGGCUCAGCAUCCCAAAGCAAUUCAGGAGAGUGUCACGCAAACAGGGCCAAGCACUUACCCCAAGAAAUGCCCCAAGGGUUACAGUCAACACCUAGCUGUCAUCAGUGAUGGAUGUCAAAUACUCUACUGUGUGAAAUCUGGUGCCUUUGAUGGGAUGGAUUUGCCCCGCAUCAAUCUUCCCCCAUUCUCACAUCUCCCUCUUUUGACUGCCAGUGCCACUAACACCGUGGUUGUUCUCUCUCAAUACCAAGAGCCUUGGCUUAAGGAUACUCACACCAAAAUGUGGAGAAUGGCUCAUGCAUCCGAAGUUCGUCAGUUGCUUAACAAGAGCUCUUCCGGAGGGGCCACAGUCGCCAUUUCUGUCACUGUUACCCUGGCUCUGGUGGGUGUGAUUGCACUCGCUUACUAUGGUAGGAAGCGAUGGAGAAACCGUGGUUACCAGAAUUUGGAGACAGCCUCAUUAAUUUCCGACUCUGAGAAGGAAGAACAUUUAAAUACACCUGACUCAUGUCCUCGAGGCCAGAACAAUGGCGUCUGAUCAGAAAAGACACAUUGGGGCUGAAUACAUGGGUACAACUCAUUAAGUUGGACUGGCUUGCCAUGUCUUCCUCAUUUAAUUUUAUCCCUGCCUUGAAUUUAAUCAAUUACACCUGCUUUAAUUCUCUGUGAUUCUUGGAUUCUACGUAUUAUGUUUUUGCUUAAUAGCCUAUUUGGGUACAAUUCAUUAAAUCGGAAGAAGGGCUAGGGUGGACAUUCCUAUUUUCAGUUAUUUGUUAGUUUGGCAAAAGCAAAUCAGCCACUGGUUUGAUUGAAUGGUUAGGAGGUGAGGUGAUGUAUUAAUGGGGAGUGAGCAGGAAAGAGGGAUUAGGCAGGCAGAUAUUAAAGGGAAUGGGGCAUUAACCAGAAGUUUGGACUAAUCUGGGAUGGGAAAUAAGAGUAUGAGGAAUGAACAUGAUUGAGUAGGUCUGGACUGACGAAGAUAUUUAAGGGUUUGGAAAUGAGGAGACUGGGAUUAGAUAAGGUGUUGGUGUGAAACUGUUUUUGUCUGAAAACAUUCUGUGAUUUGAUCUUUCUCAAAUUCCAUAAGUGUUCUUAAAAUUCUCAGCAUUAUUUAUAUUUGUUUAAUAGUAUUAAUCUAUGCAAGGUAUUGAUUUAUACAAUACACUCUGAUUUGAUAAUACGUGUACUAUCAUUGUGAAUGGAUGACUGGGAAAAUUAGAUGUAAUUUUAUUAACCACAGUAAAUAUUUGGUGCAACAGACUCAAACUGAAAUCAAAUGCAGAAACUGCUAAUAAAAUCUCAUGAGACAAAAAAAAAAGAACUUUGAAAUGGAAUUAAUAUGCGUUUGCUAAAUAAAAAUGGGGUGAAUGUA